UUGGCAAGAAAAACAAAAGCUAACAAAAGUUUCGCGCUGCGUUGUUCUAUUUCGUAUAAAUUACGUGUUUUUUUUUAUUUUUUUGUUCAGUGAGUGAGUGAGUGUAAGUGAUAGUGUGAUAAGGUGUACAAAUGGAGCAAGAUAACGUUGCUGGUGUUGCUGCUGCUGACGAAUUGCCAGCGGCGUCUCAAAUUGUGGAGGCACAGCCAAAUGCCGGCUACGAUUAUGAGGCGCAAUUCGCGGGCAAACAGCUGUGUGAGUUUUGCUCCACACAGGAGUGCACCUGUGGCUGCCCCCAGCUCGAGGCACAGCCGCUGUUGAACAACACCCAAUUGCUUAACUUCGAGGUGCGUAGCCGCAACAUCGAUUGGCGACGAUAUGUCCGUCCCCUCGACACUCAGGUGCGUGGCUCGGGUGUCUAUCUGGACGCACACACGGAUCUGCUGGGCGGUCAUCGGCGCGAGGUGAACGCGGAGAAUCAACGCGAACUUCUCGUCUGUCACGACAUGAUGGGCAACUAUCUGGCCGAUCGUCACUAUCACAGCUCGCAAAAGUUCGACGAUUAUCGUUUUGUGCACUGGUCGGCUGUCGAUUAUUUCUGCUACUUCAGUCACAACUAUGUGACGAUUCCGCCCAGCGGUUGGCUCAAUGCCGCCCAUCGUCACGGUGUCCCAGUGCUGGGCACCUACAUAGUGGAAGGAUCCGCGGGCAACCAGCUGCUGGAGGAACUCCUGGCCAGCCGCGAGAGCGUGCAACGCGCUGUUGCCGCCCUCACCCGGCUCUGUCUGCACUUUUGCUUCGAGGGCUGGCUCAUCAAUGUGGAGCACUCAGUGCGCGAGAGCUAUAUGCCCAAUUUAUACCUGUUUGUGGACGAGCUGCGUCGCGCGACCGAAUCCCAGGUGCCGCAUGGUCGGGUCUUCUGGUACGACAGCAUCAUUGAUAGCGGCACGCUGCGUUGGCAGAACGAGCUGAAUGAGCAGAACGUGCGUUUCUUUCGCCACAGCCAACGCAUGCUGAUCAACUACACGUGGAACGAUAAAAAUCUCGCCAUAAGCGAGUUGACAGUCGUCGGAGAGGCGGCGCCUAAGCAACGUGUCUUCAUGGGCCUCGAUGUGUUUGGACGCAAUCAGUUGGCUGGAUUUGAGAGUGCACAGACGCUGGCACGGGUUGCCAGUCGUGGCUUCUCCGCCGGGAUCUUUGCCCCCGCCUGGUGUUACGAGACGUUGCAAGAUUUCGGUUACGACAUACGCAACGAGGCCGGCAACGCUGACUUCAAUGCGGCCUUCUUGCAACGCAACGAGAAAUGGUGGUCGAGUAUUUGGCAAUUGCUUGCAACGCAUCCGUAUCGCCGUUUGCCAUUUUACACGGAUUUUGGCGUUGGCUCUGGAUGUGAGGACUAUGUCCGUGGCACGCGUCAUAUGCGGAGCAAAGCCUUCUUCAAUUUGGCGCGUCAAUCGCUGCAGCCGUCGGUGCCGUUGCAUGGCAAUGCGGAGCACAGUUUUGAUACCGCUUUCGAGGGCGGCUCCGCUUUGCGUGUCCUCAACUUUGAGCGCGCCUUUCGACUGUUUGUCACCGACUUUGAGCUGCCGCUGGGCGUGCUACUCUUGGGCUAUGCCUACAAGUUGACCUCGCACCAGCCGGAGCAUCAGCAGCUGGACAUUGUGUUGCGCUGCUGUCCGUUGCGUCGCCAAGGGCAGCAGCUAAGCUUGUAUCUGUUCUGCGGCGAUUAUGCGGAACACAUCAUCACGCCGGGUCGCUGCUAUUUGCAACCGAUCAACGGCGUCAUUCCGCGCCAUCUGGUGCCCCAGCAGCUGCCAGCGGAGCAUGGAUUGCUCGGCGAGGGCUGGCGUAUGCGCUACUAUGUGGCACGCUUCGAUGGACCGGUGCGGGUGCUGGACAUUGGUCUCAAGUGUCGACGGGAGACGAGGAUGGAAACGGAAGCAGAGACCCAGUCGGAGGCGUAUCUGGGCGCCAUCUUUGUGCAGAGUCUGCAGCUGAGCGAUUGGACUGCGGUGCACCAAACAACUGCGGAAAACAAGGCGCUUAUUUCCGCCUACCAUGGAGCGCUCUUCUUGGGGGCAGCCUCGCAAUAAUAAAUGUCACUUUUAAACACAAACACGCAACUUAAA